AUGGCAUUUCAUGAAGAACGCUUUUCUAACCUCCACCACAUAAGUUCCGCCUCUCAAACAACCCCUGAUAAACAACUGAUAGGAAACGCCUCGCGUCCGGAUGGAUCUGAGGAUGUUGAAGAAAAGGAAGAGGUCGUCCUCGUGUGUCCAUUAGACUAUGAAGUACGACUUCCAGUAAAACACCUUCCGUCGGAAACGAAUCCUGGGGAUGAGGCGACGGGAAGCCCCUCAACUCAUUAUUUUCUUUCCAUCUUCCUCGUACCCUUAAGUUCGGUUUCCUACCAAGCGCUCGCACGUUCCUGUGGUCGACCAAUUAAACAAGGCCGCUCGAGUGAAGGCAAGCGAGGGAAAACGGACUCGAAGGUUCCAAAAACGCCUCCUUCUACUUUGUUAAACGUUGGGGAGGGCCUUGGGAUUGAUUUAGCCGCGUACGAUAUGGUUUUGGCGGUGGAUCCAAGCGGGUGGAAUAAAAAAUGUCGACUUUAUCGCGUUCACGAAGACCGUGUGUGGGGGAUGAAGAUACCUUACAGUGAACACUGUAGCUUUACAGAGAUUCUGAGCUUUGUAGGACUUGUGAACCCCCGACGGGUGAUACCGACCGUCUCCCUCCCGCAAUACCGCGCGCAGGAAUCGUUGAUUGUCGAAAAGGCCCUACGCCUUUCCACGUACUUCUCGAAUACUCAGCCGAUUUCUCGAUUUUUCAGUCAAAAAGCCGGCGCAGUAGAGCAAGGAUUCUCUAAUUCGAUGCCAAAGAAAGAAUAUUUAGCGAAGUCAAAGGUAGAGAAAGAUCAUAAAGCUAAACAAAAGAACCUUUUUAGUUAUUUUUCGGCCUUAAAGCCUCUCGUCAAGACUUUUAUAGGGCAAUAUUCAAAACUUUCUAGCAAUGCAACUUGUGCGUGUCAUCCAGAUAUUUUGAAUAAAGGCACUGGUUUUGAAAAAAAAGCACCUUUAGAUAAGACACUUGAGCAGCAAAAAUAUCUAUCAAAAGAGGGGGAUAUUUCAACUGAAAAUACUACUGACGCUUCCACAAACACAAGGUAUGAGUUUAUUAUUAUAGACACUAGCGAUGACGAUGAUACGAGUGUGGAGGAGAUUGUACAAUGUGCGCAAAAGGUACGGAUUUAG